AUGCAUGAUCUCGAUCCCCAUGAGCGGCCGCCAGACGGCAUACGCAAUGUCUACAAGAAGUAUCAAAAAAUGAAGUUGGAUGCAUUGAACAAUGACCCGGACAUUGUUGAUCUGGCGAGCCAUGACGCCUCUGCAUCGACCACCAACACUAAAGUCCAUGUCGUCAAAGAGUACGCCACCAAAGACUUGACCGCUAUUUUCCAGGCUUUUGCUGGCCAAGGAGUAGCCCUGGAUGAUAUGACUAUUCCCGACUCAGUGCCAGUCUACGAGCACGAUGACAUGCCAGGUCUCCACAUCAUCCCCAGUCUCCUCCCCGCAGAAAUUCAAUCCAUCCUCUUAUCCCGUCUGCUCCACCGGGACCUCUCGUCCCCAGCUCAUCUCACAAACAUCCACACUCACUACACCAUCACUUACCCACCGUCCCACUCCUCUUUCUUCUCCAUCACCCCUUCCUCCCCCACUACCAUCACCGCACCCCUUGACCCCACAGUCCACAAACCCCUCUCCAUCGCCCAGCUGCUCAAUAAGAAGCUGCGUUGGACAACGCUGGGUGGCCAGUAUGAUUGGACUGCAAAACAGUAUCCUCCAACGCCUCCACCACCGUUUCCUGAGGAUACUAAAGGGAUGCUGGAAUCCCUGUUUCCCGGUACGAAAGCUGAAGCUGCGAUUGUUAAUUUGUAUUCGCCAGGCGAUACGCUGAGUGUGCAUCGCGACGUCGCUGAGACUAGCUCUACGGGACUCAUCAGCGUGAGCUUGGGAUGCGAUGCUAUAUUUGUCCUUGGUACCUCGCAUGUUCAGGGCGACAGCGGCGAGGUGCGUGAUAAGGUUCUAACGCUGAGGUUGAGGUCUGGUAGUGCGGUUUAUAUGAGUGGGCCCUCCCGGUUUGUCUGGCAUGGUGUUCCACAGAUCGUGGCUGGGACGUGCCCUGAUUAUCUAAAAUUAUGGCCUGGCGAGCAGACUGGAGAGUAUCAAGACUGGGCUGGAUGGAUGGCGAACAAGAGGGUCAAUCUAAACGUGCGGCAAAUGUGGGAUUGA